AUGGAGACCAUCACCAACCUCGCAAGCAAUGCUGCUGGCGCUGCCUCCAAGCUCAUCUACGGCGACCAGACCAAGACCGACGAGGCAGUCGACCAGACCAAGAACAACGAGACUGCCGGCAAGGAGCCUAUCUCCGGUGAGCAGGGUCAGGGCACUGUCACUCAGCCCUACGACCAGGGCAAUCUUGCGACCCCUCUAGCGACGGCUGAUAAGGGAACUUUCCUCGACUACUCGAACAACGAGACUGCGGGCAAAGAGCCAGUUUCUGGAGAGCUCGGUAAGGGGACUGUAACAGAGCCCUUUGACCAAGGCAACGAUGCCAAGGCGACCGAGAAGACCUCUGGCACAGAUGAGUUCCUGAAGCUCGACCCUACCACCAAGGGACCGACCGAGACCAUGACCGAAACAUCGACCGACCCCAAGAUCUACUCGGAUAGCAAGGACCCGUCCUACGUUGGCAUGCCCAUCGUCCCCCUCAACCCCGACGCUGCGACGUCAAACACUGGCGCUACCUCUUCUACAACCCAGGCCACUGGCAUCACGGACAAGGCUGGAGUAACGGAUAAGCUUUGGAAGGACACCCCACUUGACGACAUCAGCCGUUCAGGUGCGCCAGGUGCUGGUCCUACUGGUCCCAGCGAUGUUACUCCUGCGGCUCCUGGUUCCACGGCAACCACAACUACCAGCCCUGAUCCCGCCAUCAAGACCACUGCUCCCGACUCUGUAACCGGUGCUUCAAGCACAUACGCGGGUGGCGCUGGUACCGACACUAAGACUGAUGCCGAGAAGGCCUCUGCGAACCGCGACACUCCAGAGUGGACAUCAACAGGCGUUCCUUCUGACAGCAGCAACUUCGAAGCCGCUGCUGCCAAACAGAAUGCUGCCUCUGGUUUGUGGACACGGGAACCCGGACAAAGUCGGGGUAGUACUGACGGUGCCGCAGGUUUGACUGGAGAGCACUCAGGUCGCAAGUCCGAGUCUGCCGAUUUGACUACAUCCCCAAGCGGCGAGGAGAAGGGUGGAAAGAUGUCGCACUUGAAGGAGAAGAUGAAGAACAAGCUUCACAUCGGCUCUAAGGACAAAUAG